GGAAAUUUCAUCGGAUAUUUAGAUGCGGUCGCUAAUUUGUUUUACCUGUUUUACCUGUUUACUUCUACUUAUUCAUUAUAAUAAAAAAUCUUACAGCUAUAUAUAGGCUAUUAAAUAAACAAACUGUGCAGCGGAAAUGGAAACAUACGGAUACAGUUAAAAUUAAGCACAUUGUUGUAGUUUCUGAAACAGCAGACGAACAAUGAAAACCACCGACACAGCGUCCCUGUCUCUAUUCUUGCACGCACAACUGGACCAUGUGGGAUUUAGCAAAGAAAGAUUUCAACAGCGGAUUGAGAUGUACGAUAAGCGGUCAACUGCACUGUCGGCUGCCACUAGAAAAAUUCUGGAUGCUGAUCAUAUAGAGAAAGUUAUUGUUGGCAGCAGGCGUGAAGGACUGGCGCUUGGUAAUUCUGAUACAGAUAUUAUGCAAAUAAAUCAUGGAAUUGUUUGCAAAGAAUACACAGAUAAUGCUAUUGCAGAGAAACGAGUGGUGUUUAAUCUUGAAUAUCAAAAUACACCACCCGGUUACGCAUUUCUGCGCAUAAAACCUGACCAUGAGUAUAAUCCUGUAUAUUAUACAAGUAUUGAAUAUGGACUUGUUUAUAGCAGACGUUAUUUGUCCAGCGAUAAGUUUGUAAGAAAGAAUGAAGACAUUUAUUUUCAAAAGAUGGGAUAUGUAGCUUCUAAUACACAGUAUACGGAACGAAAAGGUCCUUCGAUUCCAAAAGAGGUGUUUGGCUCUUUCGAAAUAGAUUUUGUCCGUGCAUUUCCGGCACAUUGUAGCAAACAUCUAGAUGAGUGGUUAAAUAGGGACCGGGAGUUUGAGUGGCCAUCAAAGGAAGUCCAGUGCACUGUAGCUGUAUUACCUGCCUAUGUAGUCCCGGUUGGUCAGAUUAACAGUGAGGAUAGAGAUCUUCAAUGGCGAAUAAGUUUUACACCGGCAGAGAUUCACCUUGUGCAUUCACUAAAUGAAACACAGAUAAAACUCUUGGUACUGCUGAGAUUGAUCGCAAAACACAUUUUGGCGCCUAUCUGUCCAGCUAUUACGUCAUAUUUAAUGAAGAAUGUGGCUUUUUGGUUGUCAGAGCAACAUCCAGCCUUAGAAUGUAGAGAAGAAUGCCUGUUUGAUAGAUUGCUGGAUGCAUUAUUAUUCUUACAAAGAGGUAUCAAGAGAAAACAUUUACCAAAUUAUAUGAUACCAGAUAGAAACUUACUUGCAGGAAAAAUGAUUGAAAGUUCAGUGAGUCAUGACCUUGUUCAGACAAUCAGUUAUGUGACAGAAAAUAUGGCUGGUAUUGUUUCAGUCUGCAUCAGAAAAUACUACAACAAAGACGCUAUGCAAAGGAGAUUUCCAAACCUAUGUUCUAUUGCGAAUUCGCUAAAGACUUACGAAGCAAUGGAACGACUGAGUAUCAAGAAAACUCACGCAGUAAAUCAUAAUGAUUUGGUUAAUAUUACAAUAGGGUAUUUCAAAGCAUCCAACGUGUUAAUGAUGCUUUGGUACGAGAUAUGUUACAUCAUUAUACCUUAUAUAAAACAGUAUGGUUGGAAGUCCAUGUUGCUAGAUGUCUAUAUUGAGAAGUGCAGUUGCAUUAACACAACGGAUGCUACUGACAACGUUUGGAACAUAACAAAAGCUGAUAGUGACGAAAAGAACCGAGUAAAUACCUGUUGCCAUGAACGGAUGGAAAAGGGAGAAACAUCUUCAACAAUUUCAAAAUCCAGUUUACAACAAAACUUUAACCAAAACCGCAAAACGCACUUUUAUGACAAAGAGAAGGGAAAAGACAGUGAAGUUGCAGCAUCUGAGGAAAUAUUAGAAACAAUUCCGCGACCACAUUCAAAUGAAAUAUUGACAAAAAGAACAAACAAUGAAAACACGACGGAGAUAUUUCUUAGAGAUCCAAAUGAUUUAAGAAUAAAUCCUAAAUUGAGGAAAUUUUUUCCCUCAACGUUUCCUGAAUUAUGCUGCGGUACAGUUACAAAGGAACGCACUUUCUUCACAAGUUCUUUUACAAAAAGAAAAACUCAUACAAUCACAGAAACCGUGGCCACUGAAGAAACGCCAAGAAGCUUUAAAGACGCACUACAAGCAGUUAAGCUAUGUAUUCUAUCACUAUCUUUAAAGUUAGGAAACAUUUUGUAUAUCCUGCUAAUACUUGUUCAAGCAUUCGUUAUGGAAAAUGCACCAUUUGCUUUUUGUUUGUGUAUCUUACUUUUUAAUUGUUUUGUUCUGGAGGAAUUCAGAUAUAUCGGUGUAAAGGACUUCCUUGAAAUAUCUGCGAUGAUCCUUUUGAUAGCUCACAUUCUUUCUAGCGAGAAAAUAAAAGCAUUACUAGCUAUAACACGAGAGAUAUUGAAUAUAAUUUUGUCCGUGAUCUAUGGAUUUUUCGUGUGCAUGUCUUGGUUGGUGCUGAUUUUGAGGACUUGGUCAAAGAAGGGAUUAUUUACAUUCUCUCACUUUGAAGACGUAGGAGUUUAUACUUGUUUCACUGAAGCCAACACGUAUUCACGCUUCUGUCAGAGGACAUUCCUUAAUAGUUCGUCUUGUAUGUAUCAUUUUGACACCAAUACCAUUUCAUGCGAUGAUAUCCAAACUUGCUUUACCUGCAAGUGAUUGUCGAAGACAAGACAUAUACUUUCAUAAUUAUGUAUCUUUAUUUAUUUAUGUAUUUUGUAUCUCCAUUUUAGACAAGGGAAAGAUUAUACUUUUCAGUGUAUUCUUCAGUAGAAUAAUUGUUUAUUCCUCUGGAGUGGUCAAUUUGAAAGGAAAAUAAGAGUAGACAGCUAUUUGAAAAGCAGACACAAAACGUUUAAUAUCAGAUUAUAUAAGUUCCUAAAUUGUAGUUUGAUAUAAUUAAAAAUUGGCAAACAGUAAACUCAUAAUCUUUUUUAUUCAUGGUAUAUUGACAAUUCAGCCAUCGAUACAGUUCAAGUUAAAUAUAAGUAAAAUGGCUGCCUUUUUAAAGUAAUUGUUGUCAGUAAUACAUAUGUAGUUUAAUCUAUAAAAUGCUUUGAAAACGCUUUGACCUUCACAUAUCAUGAAAGCAAGAAGUUCUGAGUAUUUUUCAGAAUACGUUUUCGUUAAUAUUUAUUGUUAUGUUGAAAAAGACUAGUGCACAUUAAACUAAUCAAAUUUGUACAUAUGCUGAUUGAUACUGGU